AUGAAUAGAAUACAUCCGGAAUUAAUGAAGGAAGGAAUGAAUUCCAAAACUUCAUCAUCCAAAAUCAAAGCAGAUAAAAUUAAACCACUUGCAACACCAAAACCACCUCCUCCUUCAGUUAAUCCUUCAUCAUUCACUUUAUUAUAUCCAUUUCAAACAUUAAAGAAGCAAAAAGAUUUUAAAAAGGAUUUCAAAAUAUUAAAUAAACCAAUUGACCCAAAAAUUCAACCGUUAAAGGAAAAAUUUAGUCGUCCAUCAUUUGCACCAUAUCCAUAUUCAUACGAAAUCGAUCAUCUGGAAUAUUCAAAAGGAAACGUUACUUAUUUAUUUGCCAUUAACAUUAACACCAGAUAUUUAUAUUGCAUUCCGGUGAAAGGGAAAACAGAACAGGAAACAAGAAGAGCUAUUCAAUACUUACUAGAUCAUGAAAGAGUAGAUAAUAUCAGGGGUGAUGGUGAUAAAGGAUUUCAGGCAGCUAUGACUCAUUAUUUCCCACAAAUUAAUUUUUACUUUUCAUUCUCUCCAUAUACGUUUCAUAAUAAAAUAGUUGAUGCGGUAAUGAGAACUCUUAGAGAUGCGUUAGGGGUUAACGGUCAAAUAUACUGGGAUGGAAAUCAUGACUCCAUCAUACAGCAGUUAGUAUAUUAUUACAAUAAUACAUGGCAUAGAACAAUAAACAUGAAACCGAUGGAAAUGAAAAAUGAUAUUUCAAAAGAAUGGGAAUAUAUUAGAAAGCAAAUGGAAAGGUUGAAUGAUGUUAAACGUGAACAAAUUAAUUCGGGGCUCAUGAAUUUUAAACAAGGGGAUAAAGUUUUGAUUUAUCUCGAUUAUGGAAAAACUAAUAAAUCAAUGACAAAAAGAAGACGAAGAUUUGACACAAUAGCUGAAUUUGUUAGAUAUAUUAACGGCAAUGCAUUAGUUGAGGUUAACAAUAAAUUAAUAGAAAUUCCGAUUUAUUUUAUUACUCCAUUAUAUUUAAAUAAUAUUUAA